AUGUCAGACUCAGAGAACCCUCCAGACAGCUCAACACCAGAUGACACUCAACAUGUGGGGAAAAGCAGCAGCCCGGUAACCGCGGGGAAAUCGGCCACACGACGGGAAUUAUUAGCAGCGCUGACCGCAACUGAUGUGACUAUCCGACGUUUAGACCUACUUCUAUCUUCUGCCGACGGACAAGAGCGAGUUCUCGCAACCGUAAACUACGUCGCCUCUAUCCUCCACCACCUCUGCGCUUCAGCACCCUGGAUCGCCUUCCAAAUGCGACUAGGAAUCCUCGCCCGAUUACGCGUGAUCUCCAACGUGAUCUACCAAUUCCUCGAAAAUGUCCCCUACCUCGCUUCAAAGGGUAUUAUUUCUAAGACAUGGAUCAAUAAAUACGGGGGCAUUGAUCUAUGGUAUAUUUGGAGUACUCGGGGCUGGUUCGGUCACAUCUUCUUUCAGUUCUUCGUUCUUUGGCGUGAAAAUGUGCUACGAAAGCGACGCAUGGCUGCUAAAUGUGCUGCAGCUGGGAUCAUCGAGACGAAGGAACUGAAAGCUGAGGAGAAAGAGGAACUUCGCAAGGAGAUUCGCUCGUGGAAGAAGAGUCUAGUUAAUAAUACUAUCUGGGCGCCCUUGUGUGUUCACUGGUGUUUCGAGAAGGGUAUUGGUAUCCCCGAGAACUUGAUCGGCUUGUUUAGUCUCAUGGCUGGUGCUUGGGGGUUACGGGACUCGUGGGCUGCAACAGCUAAAGCAUGA